AUGGGGAGUGGAAAAACAAUAGUCUUCCUCGUUUGCCAAAAAUUUCCUUCCCACCCUUCCCAUUUUUCCUUAAUUUUCCAUAAUUUAGUCCAAGUUCCAGUUCUUGUAGGUCUUCUUGCUUUCCCCUCCCCAGCAAACACAGGAAGCUGUUGGAAACUAUAUUCCCAAAGCUCCCCUGGAGUCGUGUUUGCUCUUACACCUCUGGGUCCUAGAGGGACCCACAUUCUGGAAAAGGCUUUCUCUGGAUCCCCAGGGGCAAGUGCUCAAGGGACCCGCAGGAGUGUCUUCUCCUUUGGAAUAUUGCUGGGGGAGCUCGUGGUCUUAAGGGGCAGCUUACAGGUUCCUUCAUAUCUGCUUUGUCGUUUGACACCCAGGAUGGUAUUUCAUGGACCCGUUCAGGAGACCUCUGCCCGUGUGUUGAGCAUCACAUGA